ACCUGGCAACGUCAACCUCCCCCAACUCUAUUUUUUUUAUUAUGUGAGCGUUUUUAGUUUUCGGCAAAAACAAAAGAAAAAUAUGUUUCAAAUUAGCAAACUUUGCAUAACAAUUUCAAGCUUGGUUACUGCACAGCGACAUGUCGCACUCACCGCCGUUCGGGCCAUUGACCAGAAAUGGCGUGCGGCCAAGGGACUCCCUGAGAAUCCAAAUGCGUUUGGUCCACUCACCAAUCUGCCCGACUAUACGUUCCUUGAUGGAAGGACGACGCCGCUGGGUUCUAACCAGAAGAAACGCUUGAUAAAGCAGCAAGAGACUGCUGCCAAAAUUGUGGAGCUAAGCAGCGAACUGGAAUUUGCAAAGCAACGGCACGAGCGUCUGAAAUCUGAAGCUCAGGCCGAAAAGCAACGCAUCAUGCAAAACAAAUUGAAACCAAAGGGACACCUAUUGUUAAAAAAGAAAUAACACAUUACAGCGUUUCGCCUAAUUGUUAAUUAAAUUGUAGUGUUAUAAAAUCACAAUUAUAUUGAUUGUUCUCAUAUUCA